CAGGGAGAGCCGGAGUAUUGCUCCAACUGCAGAGGAGUCAAAAACUGUCCUGAGCACUAAGGAGACAAGACAAACUUCAAACAAAAAGCGAGGCGCUGCGAUUAAGGCUGUGGCCUAUACUGGGACUACAGCUAUGGAGGAGCAGGGAAAUGGGAAGAAAUCAGAACUUAGUGAAAGCAAGUCAGGUCCUGACGCUCAGAAGAAGAGUCUAUCAGCCUCAUGUGACCCCAUUACUGAGGAAGACUUUGUUGUACUUGAGGAGGAUGACACUUGGAUAUCAUCUGAAGGGGAAAAUAAUAUCAUGUUUGGCAACAGGAUACAAACACAUAAUCUUCAGUCAUCUGCUAAAAUAAGAGUGGAGGAAGACGUCUCUGUUAGUCACAAUGACAAUAACCUUUCACAACCUUCGAGGAAUACCCCUAAAGAAAAGGGUAUCGAGAGGACAGACGGUGUGGAAGCACAUGCUAAGAGUUUACCCACAGCCUGUUUUGAGAAGGAAAUGGGUCGACAUUUGGCUGAAGUGACAGGCAGCAGGUGUCAGCUAAAAGGAGUUAGUCAUGUUGGAGCUGCCCACACUGAGACAACUGGAAGAGGAAAAGCAGAGAGGGAGCAAAGUAUGAAUGAACACAGCAAGGGGAAAGUUUCUACUAACACUGAUAAGGAGCGUCUGCCAACUGAGAACAACAGCAGCUUGGUGACGAGAUUAAGAAAGAGCAGUGAAGAUAUGGCUGGUGAACCUGUUCAGCUGAUUUCACAGGAGGAGCCGGUUAGGGAGAGAGACAUGAGGUCAAAUUGGGAACCCUGCCUGAAAAAGCUGGAUCCUUCUUUAAGAGAAUCAGAAAUUCAAGAUAUGGAAAGGCACAGGUCAGGUUUUAUUGCAGAAAAGUCACAAGUGGGAGCAGAUCAGUCGCAUCACAGUCGAUUUGCUGGUGUUGUUUCUAAGAGGUCUAAAGCAGGUACUCUUAGUUUGUGUACGAAGAAAGAGGACAGGACCAACUCUCACCCACCAAAGCCCCCCAGCACUGAAACACAACUACUGCAAGACAAUCCCUCAUUUUCAUUGGAACAAUGCGACUUGAUCCCUUGUCCUCCUCAGCUAGGAAAUGAAGGCGGCGAUGAAAAGUUACACAUCGCAAGCUUAAAGCGGGAGAGUGAGCUUGUGUGUUUUUCUGCUGUCAUCACUCCUCCACCUGUAACUGUGAAGCCUAAGAGAGACACAUCAACGGCAGCACAGCUCAGUACAAGUGCAGUAAAUUCACAGAUGUUACCAGAUCCCACAUCUGCAUUAUGUGAUUCGAAAGACGAGUCUGUACCUAAAGAAGAACCCAAAGUUAAAGGUCCACCUCCGCCUGUCCCCAAAAAACCCAAAAAUCCAUUUAUAAAACUCAAAACUGCACAAUUAAUGUCUACUGAUGUGCAAAGAAGAGGCAAAGAUCACCUGCGUUCUGAGGAGAGGGUCAAGAGGAGACACACAUUUCACUUUAACAGAGAUCCACCAUUCAGCACUCAAACUAAUCAGGACAUGUGCUUGCUGUGGGACGAAAGGGGCACUUACACAGUGCCAACCAACAAUCGGCCGCUUUCGGUUGACCUCAGCCCUUGGGAACAGUUUUCAAUCGAACGCAUGAACAAUCGGUACGGAGAUAUGAUCGACUUUGACUACUGUGUGCGUAUGGCCAAAAUGUCCCCAGAGGAAGAGCCAGAAAACCUUGACAUGUUGCAGAGAAGAGUAUUCCUGGAGAGACGAUCCAGGUUUAAAAGCUCACCUCCUCCGGUUGCGAAAAAGCCCCAAAAUCCUUUUGCGUCCACAGAGACUCUCCACAUACCUGAGGCCAUACCAGAUAAUGAAAUGCAAAGACAAAAAGCUGUUUAUUCAGGGAAGAGAGAAAUCCACCCUGAGCUUCAAUCUGAAAGAGUGAACGCUCAUAUGAGCAACGAUACAUAUGGUAGCUAUGAUAACCGUAAAGACGUAAGUGAUUACAGCGGUGACAGGGAUACAGGAAGUGGCAGUGAGGUGGGUUCGUACAAACCUGUGGCAGAAAUUGUCAAAGAGACAAAUCAAAUGCAGAGACAUCAGGGCCGGGUCAAACAUGAAGGAGCCAAAGCUCAAAUUUGGAUGGCAGAGCAGAGUCCAAGUGUGAAAGUAUCCCAAAUGAAGAAUGCCUUUGAUGUCCCAAAGAAAUCCAAAGAGAGACCACCUGAAGUGCAACCAUCUCCAAAGAAAGAUAUGCUGCGGCGAGUUGUGCGACAGAGCAAGUUCCGUCAUGUCUUUGGCCAGGCCGUGAGGAACGACCAGUGCUACGAUGACAUCCGCGUGUCCCGGGUCACGUGGGACAGCUCCUUCUGUGCUGUCAACCCCAAAUUUGUUGCCAUCAUCAUAGACGCCAGCGGGGGAGGAGCCUUUCUUGUCCUUCCCCUGCAAAAGACCGGCCGUAUAGACAAGGUCUAUCCGACAGUAUGUGGUCACACGGGCCCGGUGUUGGACAUCGACUGGUGUCCUCAUAAUGACCUGGUCAUCGCUAGUGGCUCCGAGGACUGCACAGUCAUGGUUUGGCAGAUCCCUGAGAACGGGCUGGAAACUCCCCUCUCAGAGCCUGUGGUCGUGUUAGAGGGCCACUCUAAGAGGGUUGGCAUCGUUUCCUGGCACCCCACUGCUCGCAACGUUCUCCUCAGUGCAGGGUGUGACAACCAGAUCAUCAUUUGGAACGUGGGCACAGGAGAGGCCAUGAUCAACCUGGAGGACAUGCACCCCGAUGUUAUCUUCAGUGUCAGCUGGAGUCGCAACGGUAGCCUACUCUGCACCGCCUGCAAGGACAAGAAAGUCCGCGUCAUUGACCCCCGUAAAAGAAAGGUUGUUGCGGAGAAGGACAAAGCUCACGAGGGAGCUCGACCAAUGAGAGCCAUCUUUUUAGCAGACGGAAACAUUUUCACCACUGGAUUUAGCCGCAUGAGCGAGCGCCAGCUAGCCCUGUGGAAAACCGAAAACAUGGAUGAGCCAAUAUGUGUUCAAGAGAUGGACUCCAGUAAUGGAGUUCUGUUGCCCUUCUAUGACCCAGACACCAACGUAGUUUACCUGUGUGGAAAGGGUGACAGCAGCAUUCGAUAUUUUGAGAUCACCGAUGAGGCACCGUUUGUUCACUACCUCAACACCUUCUCCACCAAGGAGCCCCAGAGAGGCAUGGGAUACAUGCCCAAAAGAGGCCUGGAUGUCAACAAAUGUGAAAUCGCAAGGUUUUACAAAUUGCAUGAGAGAAAAUGUGAACCAAUCAUCAUGACGGUCCCACGUAAGUCUGAUCUGUUCCAGGACGACCUGUAUCCCGACACGGCCGGCCCAGAUCCCGCCCUGGAGGCAGAGGAAUGGUUCGCCGGAAAGAACGGAGGCCCCAUCCUGAUCUCACUCAAAGAUGGCUAUGUCUCCACAAAGAACCGGGACCUGAAAGUAGUCAAGACGAACGUCCUGGAAACCAAGCCAGCCACAAAAGCAGAAACCAUCUCUACUGUCCAGAAGCAUGCUUCUCCACAGCCCUCAGUAAAAAUGGAAGAUAAACUGGAGGAGGUACUCCGAGAGUUCAAGUCACUCAGGGACCGCGUCAUCCUCCAAGACCGUCGAAUUGCCAGACUGGAAGAGCAGGUCGCCAAGGUGGCCAUGUAAAGACGCGGGGCCCCUCCCAGGAACGCUCGUUGUUUUGGAGAGAACCGAAUGGACGGGCUCAGCCACGGCCAAAUUCUCAAAAGAUUCGGCUUCGUUGAGCUUGGCGUCAUCCCUGCGAUGAGACCAAGCCUACAUUCCAAGAUGAACGUUAUUUUUUAUUAUUUUUUUUUUUUCUCAUCAAGUUCCACACUUUACCCUGACACUCAGAGAAAAGGAAAAACUCUCGCAGCUUAUGUACACAUAUGAAUAAAAGACAUUUUUGUUGAAGGAAAAGUCUUAACUUUUUUUAAAAUUGUUUUCAAGUUUGUGGUAAAACAUUCUCAUGUGAAGUUUGUACUUGUUAUUCAAGAAACUGUAUGUAGCAUCAGUAUUUCCAUUGUUAUUUUUUGUGUUGCCAAAUAUGAAUUGUGUGCGGGUUCGUGCACUGCUUUUACAUUUAUUUUCCCUCCUGUUGUACAUUCCAGUCACAACCUGGUAGAUCGAUUGUCAAGCUGGAUUUUUUUUUUUUUUUAAAGACUAGCUGUUGAACAUUUUUCCUCCUACCACUUUGCUCAUUGAUAACAUCAGAUUUAUGAAUGUGGAAGAAUUUCCUGGAUUCUUCUUUAUGUUCCUGUUCUUCUGGGCUUGGCAUUUAACAUCAGGGUUUACUGGGGGAGGGGGGGCUUGCAUCUCUGGUGUAAAUGUUGUGCAAAUGUAGUGGUGCCUCUUGUCACUGUUAAGGGUCAAACUAAAGUCACCCUCUCCAGUGGAUAUUUGGUGUUGGGAAGGGACCACUCACCCAGCUUGUGUUUCACCGAACCCCUGAUAAACAGUUCUGUGCACAUAAUAAAAGAUUUUACACACGAAAA